GACGUAUUCACUCUCGCGGCCGCCCAGUUCCUUUCCCCCCAGGCUCCCAUUUGAUUCAAAUUUCGGACAAAUAUUUAUACACACCUUGUUUCGCCACGAUUCUAUGAUCUUUCUCUUCAAAGCAGUCGCUGGCUCUCUGUGCUCCAUCUUCGAAAGUGGCGACCGUUCCGAUUAGCCUUACCGAAAGUUCAACACUUCUUAGAUUCCCCUUUGCGCUGUGUGUCUCAAGUCAAAGACCGCGUCGAACGAACACCCGAUACGAUUAUAGUACGGCUUCAACAGCGUCUUCCUCAACCCACUACCCGGGGCCUCCAGUCGCUGGGAUACCCGAGAAGGUCAGGGUCAGAAUGUCGGCCUCUGCAAAUGCUAGCGCGGAGGAUCUGGCCCGGAAGAACGAACGGACCAGACCGACAUACUUUCCUCUAGGCUAUAAAGAAGGCUUUUCGCAAUGGUGGGCUGGUUUAUCACCAGCAGUGACCGAGCACAAGGUUCUGAGUUUCGUGCCCUAUCUUCAACAACCGCCUACACACACGCAAACUGGUUCGGCGCCGGCCACCGCUUCGCCGUCAACCACCGACCUGGCUGAUGAAGAGGAUCGUCAGGCGCGUCCAGUGACUUCAACCUCGAUAACUGAUCCGUAUGGCCCGCGACGAUGGCACUCGAGGCUCGUGAAAUUGUCCGGGAAAGAUAGGGCGUUGAACGAGUUCUCUGUUGAGCGCAUUGGGGAAGAGGUUGAAAAUAACCUUGUUAUGCUCCACGGUUACGGCGCUGGCCUUGGCUUUUUCUACAAGAAUUUUGAGGGUCUGUCUCGAAGACAAGGCUGGAAAGUCUACGCGCUUGAUAUGCUAGGUAUGGGUCGAAGCUCGCGACCACCCUUCAAAAUCCACGCGAAAGACAAAGAAGGGAAGAUCACAGAGGCCGAGAAUUGGUUCAUCGACGCUCUAGAAGAGUGGAGAAAGGAAAGAAAACUUGAAAAGUUUACUUUGCUGGGCCACAGUCUGGGGGGAUACAUGGCUACGGCCUACGCACUCAAGUACCCAGGCCGCCUGAACAAGCUCAUCCUGGCCUCUCCAGUAGGCAUCCCAGAGGAUCCUUAUGCUGUUAAUGCAGAUAUGCCCGAGCCGAGUGAUUCUGCAGUUCAAAACGAGGUUUUGCAAGACCAAGCAACGUCUGUCAAUGGCGCACCGCAAGCGAAACCUAGCGCGCCGCGCAGGCCCUUGCCGAAGUGGUUAACCUACCUUUGGGAUGCGAACGUCUCUCCUUUCAGCCUCAUUCGGUGGACUGGCCCACUUGGACCGCGCCUGGUGUCCGGCUGGACCAGCAGGAGAUUUUCGCAAAUGCCACCCGAGGAACAGCAAGCGCUACACGAUUAUUCGUAUUCUCUAUUCCGGCAACGCGGCAGUGGAGAGUACGCGCUUGCGUACAUUCUUGCACCUGGCGCGUUUGCUCGCAGCCCUCUCAUUCGGCGCAUUCAUGGCGUUGGCCGACAGUAUCUCCAACCGCACAGUGGACCCAUUCCUGACGCGGAUGCCAACUCAGACAGGCCAAGGGAGAAUGGCCUUCCGGUUGUGUUGAUGUAUGGCGAGCAUGACUGGAUGGACGUCGCCGGCGGCUAUGCUGCCGAGCAAAAGAUAAAGGAUGAAAAGGAGAGAAUCUUGCAAGGCAAAUCUGACAUCGAGAGGAAAAGAGAUCAGGGCGAUGCUAAGGUCGUGAUAAUCAAGAAAGCUGGACACCACGUCUACCUCGACGGGUGGGAGCAGUUCAACGACGAAAUUCUAUGGGAGAUGGGAGAUGUCGAAAGGCGCCAGAAGAGGUUAAAGGAACUGGGGAUGCUGUGAUGGAAUAUGCAUAAAGAGUCGGAUAUUUUCUUUCAUCUGGGAUGGCGUUGAGCUUCCACGAUUAGAUGACCGUUCAACACCAGAUGCAGCGUUCUCGCAUGAAAUAGAUAGUGCUUGUCAUUGCUUGUGCAACGCUAUUUUCAACCACGAAGUUCGAUUCUUUUCAAAAGGCAAAUCAAUCGAUUUCAACGAAGCCGAUGCUAGGCUCCGAAGUAUUUUCACUGUCUCGUUGAUCGUCC